GUGCUUCUGCAUGGAGGGUUUCUAUGGGGAUGGCCUAGCAGGAGGCUGCAAAGAGUGUCCAUCAGGCACCUACAAGAACUACACAGGACAAGGUCUGGAUGGCAACUGCACAGCGUGUCCAGAUGUGAACCAUGUGUCAUCACUGGGAAGUGUCUCAAUACAUAGCUGUAUAUGUAAGAGAGGAUACAUUGCUGAUGGUGAGCUGACCUGCACAGCCUUGAGAUGCCCUAAUCUAAAACCGCCUAAAAAUGGUUAUUUCGUGAGCAAAACGUGCAAGAAUGUCUACAAUGCCGUAUGUGGGGUAAAGUGUAAACCAGGUUAUGACCUUAUUGGAAGCAGCGUGACAAUAUGUCAAGAUGACGGCAUGUGGUCAGGUUCCCCAGCAGUUUGUGAAGUCAAGACGUGUAAGCCUCUGAAGAAGCCUAAGAACGGAGAACUGAUGUGUGAUAAAGAUGACUUCUCAUUCGGGACAACGUGUCAUAUCAGGUGCAUCAAAGGAUACAAACUGAUUGGCUCGAAACAACGAAGAUGUAUCGGGAUCGGAAUGUGGAAUGGUAUCAAAGCAAAAUGCAGAGAGAUAAAAUGUCGGGUACUACCUGCAUUGAAAGAUGGCAAUAUGGAGCCAUCAAAAUGCAGCAAACAAGAUAUGCCAUCUGGUAGUAUAUGUAGGAUGAAGUGUGAUCCUGGAUAUAGAAGGGAGGGACCAUACACAAAGCAAUGCAGUACAAGUGGUAAAUGGUCACAGGAGACAAGGACUGAAUGUAUUGAUGAGAGCCCCCCAGUGUUUCACUGCCCAAGUGAUAUCAAGGUUGAUGCGGAUGAAGAUGACAAUGGUGCAAUGGUGCGCUGGACAGUUCCUGUUGCCAUUGACAACUCGGGAUAUCUACCUGCAAUGAAAGUAGUUCCAGCAGUUGAACCUCCA